AUGUCAACCCUUUCAAAAUCUAAAAGACGCGUUUCUUACUUUUAUGAUGAGGAUGUCGGAAACUAUACAUAUGGACAAGGUCACCCGAUGAAACCACAUAGAAUGCGAAUGACUCAUGAUCUUGUUACCCCACAUCGUGCCUCUUUUAGACAAAUGACGCGGUUUCACACGGAUGAAUAUAUUAAUUUUUUGGAAAGAGUUACACCUAUAAAUGUUGAAGAAUUAUCACAGCAGCAAACAAGAUUCAACGUUGGUGAAGAUUGUCCUAUUUUCGAAGGGUUAUUCGAAUUUUGUUCAAUUUCGGCAGGUGGAUCAAUAGAUGCUGCUAAUAAAUUAACAAGUGGAGAAUCCGAUAUAGCGAUAAAUUGGUCUGGAGGACUUCAUCAUGCCAAGAGGUUUGAAGCAUCAGGAUUUUGUUAUGUGAAUGAUAUUGUAUUAGCAAUUCUUGAAUUACUAAGAUAUUAUGAACGCGUUCUUUAUGUAGAUAUUGAUAUUCAUCAUGGAGACGGUGUAGAAGAAGCUUUUUAUUCUACUGAUCGAGUAUUAACUUGUUCAUUUCACAAAUUUGGUCAAUUUUUUCCUGGCACUGGAGAUGUUUCGGACAUUGGUAUUGGUAAAGGAAAACAUUAUGCAGUAAAUUUCCCUUUAAAAGAUGGUAUGGACGAUUGGAAUUAUCAGAACCUUUUUCGACCGGUUGUUCAACAUAUUAUUGAAUGGUAUAGACCUGGUGCAAUAGUUCUUCAAUGUGGUGCCGAUUCACUUGCUGGAGAUCGAUUGGGAUGUUUCAAUCUUUCAAUGAAAGGUCACGCUGCUUGCGUAGACUUUGUCAAAGAUUUUAACAUACCACUUAUGGUGGUUGGUGGAGGAGGUUAUACAGUUAGGAACGUAGCUCGUGCUUGGACAUACGAAACAGGUUUACUUUUAGGAGAACAAUUAAAAGAAGAACGACAACGAAAUAUGCGUGUUGUGCCUGAAAACGAGUUAUCAGAUUCCGAAGAUGAAGGUAAUAGACGUAAUGAAAGAAAUUACCAUACUAAUGGAAACGGUAAGAUAGGAGAAUCUUCACCGCGUAAAUCCCGUAAAAUAUUGCACAACGAUACCGAAAUUCGCGGUUUAGGUUCGAGACCUAGUAAAAUAAGCAGACAUAGCGAACGUGGAAAAUCAACGAGAUCCACUCUUAUACCGGACGAAGUGAAUAAUAACUCUAUAUUUAAUAGAAGUAAUGUUCCAGUAGAUGUACCUUCGAUAAUGACACCUUCAAGUUCAUCUCGACCUCCAGCAGCACCUUCAGAAAUUAUAAAAGAAGAACAAGUUUCAACAUUUCCUGGAAUUCCUAUUAUUAAUCCUGAAACACCACAAGUUAAUAAUGAAAAUGAUUUACCUAACGUGGAAAAUGAAAGUAUUGCUAUGGAUAUAGAUAAUAUAGAAGCUGAUCGGAUAUUGAAAGAAACUGAAGAUGCAUAA